AUGUCUGAUGAUGAGCUAUCACUAGAAGGUGGUCUUUUUGAAGAGCCCGAAGGAUUUCUUCCUCCACCACCAGAGUCACAUUUUGCUACGUAUAAACGCAAGAAUCCUCAAGCAGACCCUCAAGAGAUAACCAUGAAACUAGUAGGUAAGUCUCCCUUGUGGGGCCACAUGUUGUGGAAUGCCGGUAUUUUUACAGCUGACUACUUGGAUAAACACGCAGAUACACUUGUACGAGGCAAAAAAGUGCUUGAAUUGGGUGCCGCAGCAGGAUUACCAUCAUUGAUCUGUUCAUUGAAUGGAUGCGAGAAAAUCAUUCUGACUGAUUAUCCUGACCCUGACCUCAUUAGUCAUAUACAAUACAACUUUGAAGAACUAGAAAAAAAAACCAAAUUGUCAAGCUAUAGUGUGAAAGGAUACAUUUGGGGUAACGACAUCAAGGAACUCAUAAAGGGGGAUAAGACAAACAACAUUGAGGAGAAGGACAAGUUUGAUUUGAUUAUACUUUCAGAUUUGGUGUUUAAUCACACAGAACAUCACAAAUUGUUGUCCACAUGCCGGCAAAGUUUGAAAAGAGAUGGUGGGAAAUGCUUGGUGGUAUUUAGUCCACAUCGUCCCAAGCUAUUGCAAGAAGAUUUGAAAUUCUUUGAAACCUGCGAAGAGUACCAGUUCAAGGCGGAAAAAAUUGAUUUGAUCAAUAUGAAUCCAAUGUUUGAAGAAGAUGAAGAAACAAUUGAAAUUAGGUCAAGGGUAUACUCAUUCUUUUUGAACCCAACCUGGUAA